AUGGCUGCGCGAUGGCUCGCUGGGUUGAUGGCUGUCGCUGUCGCUGUUGAUGCAGACGCCAGCAAGCCCAAGCAAGCUCUCUUGAAGAAGGCCUGUCCAAAUUACGCCAAUUACGCCACCUAUCCACAUCACCCUCUGAGCACGGGCAAGCUCAAGCUUCCCUUCCAAAGACCCUCCCCCGAAUGUCGAACUUUUCGGUCCGACGCCAUUGAGAAUGUGAUUCACGACGUCACCUCUCGCAUGAAAGAUGCAGACUUGGCGCGCCUGUUUGAAAACGCCUUCCCAUCGACCACGGAUACAACGAUCAAAUUCCACAGCAAGGAAAAGGAUCAGGGCUUCGUCCGUAUGACCGGUUCACGAUGGGCCGAGGACGACGACGCUUGGAAUGGACCGCAGAGCUUUGUCAUCACCGGUGACAUUAUUGCCGAGUGGCUGCGCGAUUCGACAAACCAGCUGCGCCCCUACCAGGAGCUCGCCUCCAAGGAUUCGGCCAUUUUUGAACUGAUCCUCGGCGCCAUCAACACUCAGUCCGAGUAUAUCAUUGAGGCGCCAUACUGCAACGCCUUUCAGCCGCCGCCGAUUAGCGACCUGCCCGUCUCGGCCAACGGCCAAGACGAUGUCGUCUAUCCGGCCUAUGAGCCCAGCGCCGUGUUUGAGUGCAAGUAUGAGCUCGACUCGCUCGCACACUUUCUUAAGAUUGGCAACGACUUUUACGAACACACGGGCUCCUCCGACUUCGUCAACAAACGGUGGCUUUCUGCUGUGGACGCUGUCCUGUCGGUCCUUGAGGAACAGUCGAAACCUACGUUCAACGACGAUGGUGACUAUGUUAGGAACGAGUACACCUUUCAGCGCAAGACCAAUACAGGUACCGAGACGCUCAACCUUCUCGGCGUGGGCAACCCUCUCAACAACGGCACCGGACUUGUGCGAUCGGCCUUUCGACCCAGCGACGACGCCACCAUUCUCGGCUUCUUCAUCCCGGCAAAUGCUAUGAUGUCUGUCGAAUUAGGCCGCGCUGCUGCCAUGCUCAACAAAAUUGGCAAGGAUGCGGCCGGCGCUGAGCUCGACAAGUGGAGCAAGACGAUACGUGAAGGUGUCAUGGAGCACGGCGUCAUUGAGCACAAGACCUUUGGCAAGAUUUUUGCUUAUGAAGUGGAUGGCUUUGGCUCCUCUAUCAUCAUGGAUGAUGCAAACUAUCCUUCGCUGCUGGCUUUGCCUUUGAUGGGGUUUGUCGACGUCAAGGACCCCAUUUACCAAAAUACACGCAAGAUGCUUCUUAGCAAGAAAGGAAACCCAUACUACCUGACUGGAAAGAAGUUUAAGGGCAUUGGAGGUCCCCAUAUUGGCUUGAAGAAUGCCUGGCCCAUGAGCUUGCUGGUCCAAGCUCAGACAUCCGACGACGACGAUGAGAUUAUGGCGUGCGUCAACAUGGUUCUCGCUGCCUCCCCCAAAGGUCUCGUUCAUGAGAGUGUCGAUGUCAACUAUAUCGCCCAAUACACACGCAGCUGGUUUGCUUGGGCCAACGGUGUCUUUGCCGUGACCAUUCUCGACUUGGCCAAGCGCAAGCCACAUCUCAUCUUUGGUAGUGGUGCGGCUCCCUAUCACAUUGGCGCGGCUGGCGGAAAAGCAUAA